GUCACUCUAUUUUUAACCUUGUAAAAAAAGACUAAAACAGAGCCCCGCUCCACGUUCAUAGAAGCAAAGAAGACGAAGAGGGCUAAGCAGAGUGGCGAAAAGCUUCGGUCUCUCUCUCUCUCUCUCUCCCCUUCGCGAUCCCUCCGAGGCUAUUUUCCGGUGACUUUUGAUUUUCGCGGCCAGCUCCGUGCCCUAAACGAUGCUUCCGCUUUCACUGCUCAAGACUGCCCAAGGGCACCCCAUGUUGGUGGAGCUUAAGAAUGGGGAGACUUACAAUGGCCAUUUGGUGAACUGCGAUACUUGGAUGAACAUCCAUCUUCGAGAAGUCAUCUGCACUUCCAAAGAUGGAGACAGGUUUUGGAGGAUGCCCGAGUGCUACAUCCGUGGGAAUACUAUUAAGUAUCUGCGAGUUCCUGAUGAGGUGAUCGACAAGGUUCAGGAAGAAACCAAGAGAACAGAUAGGAAACCACCGGGAGUAGGGCGUGGAAGAGGAAGAGGAGGUAGGGAGGACGCUCCUGGUGGACGACAACCAAAAGGCAUUGGACGUGGCAUGGAAGAUGGUGCUAAGGGUGCUAGUGGAGGUCGAGGCAGAGGUGGACCAGGUGGAAAGGCUGGUGGAAGAGGUAAACUUGCUAACCCAUCUACUUAUUUUCAUCAAGUAGUAAGAAGUGUUUGUAGAAGUUUGAUCAAUAUCUGGAUUUGCUUUCAGGUGGAGGACGAGGCCGAGCUUGAUUCAGCUUAUAAUGUGGAACAACUUAGAUGGGCAAGUUGCUACUUCUUUUGUGGCCCGAUGCGUUUGUGGAAUCUCGGGGUUUUCUAGUUAUGACAGUUUUUUAUGUAUGGUAAUGUGAUGUUGGAAUGGUUCUUUUCACCAUUGUUAGCCUGGUGUUUCUCUUAAGAAAUGGUUUUCGUCUAUUGGAUUUGAAAGUUUUAUGCCGACAAUAUAUUCAUAUUUGUUUAGUUGGUACCUCUCAGUCUCUCUCGGUGAGCACAUGUUGCUUGAGAUACCUAUGUUCCUAGUUUGCCGGAUGAACAUUGUUUUUUGUCUUAAGCAAAAAUUAUAGCUGUUUCUUUUUCUGGUGAUA